AUGAACGACACCUACUUUUAUGUCAGCAACCACGAACCUCUCACGGAUUACAAACUUCUCUCGAGUUUUGGUCGGAUCGGGACGAUCCGGACCCCAAAACCCCACAAAAUCCAACGUCCCAGGCCGAUCUACCUCAACCCCGACCUCCAACACAACCAACUCACAACCAGUUUCAUGAAGCAGAUCCCAGAAACCCGGUCAGUUAGAGACGCGAAUACCGAAUUGGAAUUGCGCAACCGGAUCCCCGGAGAUCCGGGGAUUUGUUUGUCUUCGAGUCAGAAGUCCAUUCCGAAGUUUGAGAAGUCGCUGGAUUCCGAGGACCCUCGCCACAGCCUUAGCUCUCCGCAAGACCACAUCUCGUACGAUCGGAACAUUGGGUAUGGUCGUAUUCUUCUUGAUGGACCAGUUGAUCCAACUGAUCGGCUAGAACAGUUUACGAUUAGACGCCUGCAGAACGACGAGAACGGAUUCUGGGCUCGGAACGGCGGUCAGAACGCCAUCUACAAUAGAAUCGACCAAUAUUUCUAUCGGGAAGACGAGUUUUUGCCCGAUUUCGCACCAGAUGAUCUACAGUUCUGUGAUCGCCAGAGUUUGAAGAUUUUGAAGGAGCCGUUCGUCUUACGCAAUCGUUCAGAUCCGCUACAAAGCAUGGGCUCUCGUCCCGCUGCCCCACCCCCGCUCCCUCCGCCACACAAGGAUUUGCGGAUGCCGAUCCGACUGCGCCAUGUUUUUGAGGGCCCCGCCAGCUUACAUUACAAUGAGGCUCCAGCAAAUGAAGUGCCGGGCGAGUUUCGACGCGAGAAAUGCUUGAAGCUCGCGAAGAAGGACAAUAGGAAGCGCAUAAAAUUCCAGGAACGCUUGAUUACAGGUACUUCCUACAUUACACAUGACGAAAUCAUCCCUCUUUUGCUGCAGUUUCUAGUCGUUUUCCAGAAAUUUGUAGGGAUUCUGACUUCAUUUUCUAGUUUCUUCUCUUGUAUGGGUGUGUGGUGGAUUUUAUGAUCCUAAGAUCUACAUCAAGGUCCAUAUCAAAUGUUGGCCAUGAUCUUGGUUGAAAGUAUCUUGUCCAUUGUCCGACCCAAGGGUAGUUAGAAUUUGAGAAACGAUGUUGUUGGAUGACUAGGAUUAAUGCAAUACUUUUAGAUGGAAAAGCGCCAAAUGGAUCGACAAAACAAGCCCCAUCUCGACCUCAGCCCCCAAGUAAACCCCCAGCAGCCGGGAUUACGGACGUCGGAAGCGUGCCUCAUUUUGGAAUUUAUCAACACAACUCACCGGUCGAUCCGAAGAAGGCGAAGGCCAAGGAUAAGAAGAAUAAAAAGAAGCCAAGGAUCCGGAAAGAAGAUAUUGGACAUCCCACCAAUUUCCAGUAAGCAUUAUAUGCAUUUUACGACAGGGCUUGGGGGAGAUUGUAAUAGUUUAGCCGAUUACAGCGACUUUUUGGGGAUAGUAGGAGAGCGGGACGUAUUUUUAUGUGUUGUAUAAUUCGGCAUUAUUUCAGACAUAAGGCUCACCUCGGCUGGGACGUGGACGGGGGAUUCAGUCAGAAUUUCUGUGAAGGAGAACCCCUCGACGAGAGCGUCAAGGAAUUGCUGAGGGCUGCCGGCCAAAACCCCGAGGAUAUGAAGCCGGACGACAUUGCUUUUGUGCGAACCUUUAUCAACAACUAUCAAGAAGCUCCGGGAAACAUUCCCCCGCCAGUCCCUUCGGUGCAAUCCAGCCCAGCCAUUGUUCAGCCCGCCACCGCCUCAUAUCAUCAUAAUCCGAUUCAUCAGGCCCAGUCCAUCCAAUCCGUCCAACAUUCAUCUUAUCCUAGGCCAGCUGCUCCACCUCGUCCGCCGGCGGCGGAUCAUUACGGUGGACAGCAUGAAUAUGGGUCAUAUAACACAGGGGGAUAUGGAGGAGGUUAUGGGUCACAUGGGCAACAGUCUGUUCCUCCCACUCCACCGUCACAACCUCCACCAGCUCCGAUGAGAGAUGCCUCCAUGCAGCAACACCGACCGCUCAGGCCGCCUCCAAUUGAAGCUAGAACGGUAAGACAUUGGUUUUAGAGUGAAUGAAGUACGGACGUUUUUUGUAUAUAGGGCGCAGAUCACGGAAAGGGGACGAUUGUUUGAAUCUUUAGCAGAUUUUAGGUAAUAAUCUCUGCGUAUUAAAGUUGCCUAUGCUUAUAGAGUUGUGUAAUAGAUAACCGAGGAUAUUUGACAUGAUAAUAGGGGCCCUCAGAGUAAUUUUACUCUGUGAUCGCCAAUUUUUGCGCGCGGUUUUUGGACUUGCGAUCUCUUUCUUUGCGCCUUUUUUGGGAAGCCUCCGUUUAUUUUGAGUCAGGCUCUCGUCCUUGAUGCGGUUAUUCAGGUUAGAAUGAGCUUGAAGAAUGUCCUCAAAGUUUUUAAGAGAUCUAAAGGGAAAAGGUUUGCUAAAAUUAAAGUAAGAUUAAUUUUAAUGUUAUUGUAAUGUGUAACUUAAUUUUUUGAACAUUUUAACUUUUAAAUGUUUUUUUUCAGACAUCAUAUUCGAAUGGCCCACAGACUCCUCCUCCACCACCCCCAAUGCCUCCAGCCUCCCAAUCGUCGGCCAGUCGUCCCCAACCACCACCCCCAGCACCUCCCCCACCCCCUUCAACCCAGUCCUCCAGCUCUUCAAUACCUCCACCACCGCCCCCUCCCCCACCUCCAGGAGCCCUCAACAGCGUGAACAACAACAAAGCUCCAUCGUCAGAACCAAAACCUCCACCGAAGCCGGCCUCGGCUCCAGCUUCUGACGGCAGGUCGGACCUGCUUCAAGCAAUCCAAAAAGGUGCCAAGCUUCGGCAUGUUGACCCUCCAGCCGAGAGAUCUCCCCUGGCAGCGACCGGAAAUGCCCGGGAUAACAUGAUGGAACAGAUACGACAAGGAGCUCAACUCAAACAUGUAGGUUUUUUGAUUAUAUUACACAUGAGAUUGUCUUGAUUUUUAGGUGGAUCAACAGGAAGUUGAGACGAAUAGGAAAUCGGUACCAGGUUCCCAACAGAUGGGCGGCAUUGCUGGAGCGUUGGCCAGGGCUUUGGAAGAAAGGCGGAAGAAUAUGAACAACUCGGAUGGUAAGGAGAAUAAAUUUAUCAAGCAGAGCAUCAAAUUUCAGAAUCCGAGGCAGAGAAUGACAGUGAAUGGGAAGACGAUUGA